AAUAAUAAAACACGUCACAAAUAGUGCGGUAGGUGCGAGGAUUCGAACACAGCUACUGUCGGUGUGAUGCAUCAUUUCCGCUUCCGCUUUCCCUCUGAUUGCAUCAGUUCCCUGUCAUCAGUUCGUCAAAGUUGGCAGCCGGAUAAAGAAAGACAUUGAUCAUGGUGGAGCCUGUUCCUGAAUCCAUCCACUUCCCUUCUGAGGAGAAGAGGAUCCUGCAGCUGUGGAAGGACAAGGACUGCUUCCAGGAGUGUCUCAAACAGUCCAAGAACAGGCCCAAGUACACGUUCUAUGACGGGCCUCCGUUCGCCACAGGUCUCCCCCACUACGGUCACAUCCUGGCAGGGACCAUCAAAGACAUUGUGACUCGCUUCGCCCACCAGAGCGGCUUCCACGUGGACCGCCGGUUCGGCUGGGACUGUCACGGCCUGCCUGUGGAGUAUGAGAUUGAUAAGACCCUGGACAUCAAGGGACCGGACGAUGUGGCCAAGAUGGGGAUUGCCGAGUACAACCGGCAAUGCAGGAUGAUCGUCAUGAGAUACGCUAACGAAUGGGAGAACUCUGUAACCAGGAUGGGACGGUGGAUUGACUUUAAGAACGACUACAAGACUCUGUACCCCUGGUUCAUGGAGACUGUCUGGUGGGUGUUCAGGCAGCUGUAUGAUAAAGGUCUGGUGUACCGCGGGGUGAAGGUCAUGCCUUUCUCUACCGCCUGUAACACGCCGCUGUCCAACUUCGAGUCGAACCAGAACUACAAGGAUGUGCAGGAUCCGUCGGUGAUAGUGAACUUCCCCCUUCUGGAAGAUGAGAACGUGUGUCUGAUCGCCUGGACAACCACACCCUGGACUCUGCCUAGCAACCUGGCUCUCUGCGUCAACUCAGAGUUGCAGUAUGUCAAGGUCAAAGACAACAGCACUGGGAAGGUAUACAUUAUGAUGGAGGCCAGGCUGGUAGCACUCUUCAAGACCGAGGAGGAAUACACCAUCAUGGACAAGUUCCCUGGGAAGACGCUGAAGGGGAAGAAAUACAAGCCGCUGUUUGACUAUUUCAGGAAGUGCGGGGAGACGGGGGCCUUCCAGGUGGUGAUGGACAGUUAUGUCAGAGAGGAGGAGGGGACAGGAGUCGUCCACCAGGCGCCAUACUUUGGAGCUGAUGAUUACCGUGUGUGUAUGGAGAACAACAUCUGCCAGAGAGACCAGGCUCCCGUCUGUCCUGUCGACUCCUCUGGGUGCUUCACUGAUGAAGUCACUGACUUUGUGGGACAGUAUGUCAAGGAUGCUGACAAGAACAUCAUCAAAUGGCUGAAGGAACGGGGUCGUCUGGUCAACAGCGGCUCUUUCAAGCAUAGCUACCCUUUCUGUUGGAGAUCUGACACUCCUCUGAUCUACAAGGCUGUUCCCAGCUGGUUUAUUCGGGUCGAACACAUGGUGGAGAAGCUGCUGGCAAACAAUGACAAAUGCUACUGGGUUCCUGAGUUUGGAUGGAGGAGCGUCGGGAGUGAGUCCUACAGCAGGAUUGAUACACGCUCCUCUGGCUCAGCGGCUCCAGAGACGUGCUCAGACCAACUACUGUCUGUCAUACAUACCACCCCCACCACAGAGCCCACCACCACAGAGCCCACCACCACCACCACAGAGCCCACCACCACCACCACAGAGCCCACCCUCACCACAGAGCCCACCCUCACCACAGAGCCCACCACCACAGAGCCCACCCCCACCACAGAGCCCACCACCACUACCACAGAAGACCCACCCCCACCACAGAGACCACCACCACCCACCACCAGACCCACCACAGAGCCCACCCCCACCACAGAGCCCACCACCACCCCACCACCACAGGCCCACCACCACCACAGAGACCACCACCAGAGCCCACCGCCACCACAGGCCCACCACCACAGGCCCACCACAGAGCCCACCACCACCACAGGACCACCACAGAGCCCACCACCACCAGGAACCCCCUGUUUAAUGUCUCUCCCUCUCUCCUCACUCUCUCCUCACUCUCUCUGCCCCUCUCUCUCUCUCUCCCUCUCUCCUCACUCUCUCCUCGCUCUCUCGCUCUCUCUCUCCUCGCUCUCUCUCUCUGCCUCUCUCUCUCUGCCUUCUCUCGCUCCCUCCUCUCCCUCUUUCCCUCUUUCCCUGCCUCUAUCCUUCCAUAGCAUUGACCAGUUAACUAUCCCGUCCCGCUGUGGUAAAGGCGUGUUGCGCAGGGUCACUGAGGUGUUUGACUGCUGGUUUGAGUCGGGCAGCAUGCCCUACGCCCAGGCCCACUACCCCUUUGAGAACAGGAAGGAGUUCGAAGACACCUUCCCCGCUGACUUCAUUGCUGAGGGCAUCGACCAGACCAGAGGAUGGUUCUACACCCUCCUGGUGUUGUCCACUGCUCUGUUCGGAAAACCACCGUUUAAGAACGUCAUCGUCAACGGACUGGUGCUGGCCAGUGAUGGACAGAAGAUGAGUAAACGCAAGAAGAACUACCCUGAUCCAGGUCUGGUUGUGGAGAACUAUGGAGCCGAUGCCCUGAGGCUCUACCUAAUCAACUCCCCGGUAGUGAGAGCUGAGAACCUGCGUUUCAAAGAGGAAGGAGUCAGAGAUGUUCUGAAGGAUGUGUUCCUCCCCUGGUACAACGCAUACCGCUUCCUGGUCCAGAACGUCCAGCGUCUCCACAAGGAGGACGGCAUCAGCUUCCUGUACAAUGAGGCCACAGCCAAGCGCAGUGACAACAUCAUGGACAAAUGGAUCCAGUCCUUCACCCAGUCUCUCAUCCAGUUCUUCAAAGCUGAGAUGGAUGCUUACAGGCUGUACACAGUGGUGCCAAAGCUUGUCAAGUUUGUGGACAUGCUGACCAACUGGUACGUGAGGACCAACCGUAGGCGUUUCAAGGGAGAGAGUGGAACAGAGGACUGUCUGGGGGCUCUGGAGAAUCUCUUCAGUGUUCUGUUCUCCAUGUGCAGACUGAUGGCUCCCUUCACCCCAUUUAUUACAGAGAUGAUGUACCAGAACCUGCGUCACCUGAUCGACCCCACCUCUGUAGAGGAGAAGGACUCCAGUAGCAUCCACUACCUCAUGUUGCCUCUAGUCAGGGAGUCGUUGAUUGACAAGCGUAUAGAAAGUGCGGUGUGUCAGAUGCAGUCUGUCAUUGAGCUUGGACGAGUCAUCAGAGACCGCAGGACUCUGCCCGUUAAGUAUCCCUUAAAGGAGGUGGUAGUGAUCCACCAAGAUCCAGAAGCUCUGAGAGACAUCACCUCCCUGCAGAAAUACAUCCUGGAGGAGUUGAAUGUCCGCCAGUUGACCUUGUCCACGGACAAAGACAAGUACGGCAUCAGCCUGCGGGCUGAACCGGACCACAUGGUGCUGGGAAAGAGGCUGAAAGGAGCCUUCAAAUCCAUUACGGCGUCCAUUAAAGAACUGAAGAGCGAACAGCUGGAGACCUUCCAGAAGACUGGCUCCAUCGUGGUGGACGGUCAGGAGCUUCAUGAGGAAGACCUGAGGUUGAUGUACAGCUUCAACCAGACCUCAGGGUCAGCGACGCAGUACGAGGCCCAUUCUGACUCACAGGUGCUGGUGCUGUUAGACGUCACUCCAGACCAGUCCAUGCUGGAUGAGGGUGUGGCUCGUGAGGUCAUCAACCGCAUCCAGAAACUACGCAAAAAGGGUCACCUGGUGCCGUCUGAUGAGAUCACAGUGUACUACAGCUGUGAGCCGGCAGGAGAUUACCUGGACAGUGUGAUCCAGGCCCACACAGACUUCAUCCUUGCAACCACCAAGGCACCACUCAAGACCUACCCCGUCCCCAAGGACUCCGGCGUCAUCGUGCAGGAGAAAACACAGUUGAAGGGUUCGGACCUGGACCUGACCAUAGUGAAGGGAGCAGCCGCCCCUCGAGCUCCUCUGACUGGACCAGCCUGUGCCUACAUCAACCUCCAACUCAAACUCAACAACGAGGAACAAGAGGGUGUGGUUCUCCUGGAGAACCCUAAAGGAGAUAUCUGUCUGGACAUGGUCAAGCUGAGACAGGUCUGCUCCAGUCUCUUUGGUCUCAACAACACUGAGCUCUGUGUUUUCAACGGCAAGACUGAGUUGACUGGUAAGUGUGAUCUGCUGUCUCUGAAUGGGAAAACCCUGUCGGUGACAUCAGGCUCCAAUCCCAGUGACUCCUCUCCCAACUCUGACUCACUGGUGUGUCCCUACGUCAACCUCCAACUGGCCAACUGUCAGCCUGCUGAGUGUCAGAGUGGAGAUGUGGGGACCCUGCUGCUGGUCAAUCCUGUCGGACACAACCACCUGACCCACAAUGCUUUGCUGUCUGAGACGGCUAAGUUGUUCGGCCUCCGCAGCCGUAGGCUGAAGCUCUACCUGGACGAUGCGCUCACCCAAGAAAUCCCAGCAGAGUGGUCAAUGAAGACGCUGGACAGGAAGACUCUGUACGUUGGAGUUCUGCCCACCACUGCAGAGGCAUAGGACCGGGAACAGCCACGCUGUAGAAGAGGGGGGAACAGCCACACUGUAGAAGAGGGGGGAACAGCCAGACUGUAGAAGAGGGGGGAACAGCCAGACUGUAGAAGAGGGGGGAACAGCCAGACUGUAGAAGAGGGGGGAACAGCCAGACUGUAGAAGAGGGGGGAACAGCCACACUGUAGAAGAGGGGGGAACAGCCAGACUGUAGAAGAGGGGGGAACAGCCAGACUGUAGAAGAGGGGGGAACAG